AAUCCCUUGAAAUUCGCAAUUUUAGCUGCAAAAUAAGUGAAAUUUCAAGAAUUUACAAUGUGCGGCAUCGAAUAAACACAAAGUUUGUCGUCAAAGCGUUGAAUUUACGCGAAAAAGUCAAAAUAUAAAAGUCAUUUGGGUGUUUUCCCUCACAAAAAAAAACGCCGUAUCAGCAAAAAUGCCUCAAUCGAAUCAAGCGUACACAAAUCAGCUACUAAAAGUGGUCGUUGCUCAAAUAUGCCAAACAAUUGGGUUCAAUUCCAUUCAAUCGACCCCCAUGGAGGUCAUGACGGAUGUCUUGCACAACUACAUCCGCGAGUUGUGUGUCCUCACGAAGGAUUAUGCAGAGCAUUACAAUCGCACGGAGCCCAAUUUGGAAGACGUGACCUUGGCAUAUCGCGAAAUGAAGAUAAAUUUCAACGAAUUACGCGAAUACAUGGAAUACGUUGACCCAAUUCCCUUUGCUUUGGCAGUUCCGAAGUAUCCGUUGCCCAAAGAGUCGCAUUUGAACUUUCUCAAACCGGGAAGUCAAGAAGUUCUUACACGUCCCAUGCAUAUCCCGGAAUAUAUGCCUCCAAUGCAGCCUGAACCCGAAGAGGAGCAACAAGUGGCAAAUACUGAUGAAAAUUCCGCCGUUGAAGAACAAAGUGGCGCCAUCAAGGAUGAGUUGAUGUUGAGUCCAACAGCUCUAAAUCCGCCACAAAGUGCAUUUCCGUUCAAAAAACCGCCAGAUUUGCCGAUGCCCGCUGCUUUGGGUGCUUCGGAGGCACAACGUCACUUGAAAUUCGACGGCGGAUUGAAAGAAACUCGUGAAAUUUCGUCAGUUUUCAUGACAACAUCGGGUUUUAUCUCGCCAUCGCGCGAAGGAAAGCUUCCCGACUCAAAGCCACCCAUAAUAAUUCCCGAUAAGCGACCUUCGCCGCCUCCGCAACCAAUUCCCGUGGCACCAUUGAGUGUCAGUCAGAUGGAUAACAAGUUCGAAGAGAAGCCUACGAAGAAAAAGGGACAUGAAACGGAAAAGAAAGAGAAGAAAAAGAUCAAAAAGGAACUUUUUCAUCCGCCAACUGCACCGCCAGUCAUGCAUCAAGCGCCAUCGCAAGUCGCCGAACCUCCAAUUCGUCAAGUUCCUGUCGCCGCAAUGCCUUCUGCCAAUAUUCCGCCGCAAAUGCAGCAAAGACCGCAAUUUCCCUUCGCCUCAGAAGACAUCAAACCACCAACGCAACUCGCAACGCCUCCUUCAGGUCCUCGCAAACCUGGUCGUCCUCGAAAAUCUGAAUCGUUAACACCCGGCGCAGGUCCUAUCCCUGCCGAUAAAAUCAAAAAACCUAAAAAUCCGGAUGCCAAACUCAUUAAACAGAUCAAAAAACAAGUAGCAGCGGGAAUUUUACCAGCGUUGCCGAUUCAAGAGUUGCUUGCGCAUGUAAAGGCACAAAAUCCGCAAGUUCAGGCACCUCAACAACGCUUCAUGCCUGGCUCAUCAAUGUCAAAUCCCCAAAUAUCCCCGAGCGGAGGUGCGAAUUUACCAUUUUCGCCGCCAAAAAUCAUGCCGGGACAGCAUUUCGAGGGAAAAGUCACGAGCGAAUCGGAAAAGUCAAAGUUGAACAUCUUCAAGAAGAUGCCGUCGUCGUCGAAAAUGGUCCAUCACGAUUUUCCGAUGAUGAAAUCGGAAGUUUUUCCGCAUAGUUCUGAGGUAUCGCCGCAGAAGAAGCAAUUUAGACCGGAAUUUGAUUUCCCCACGACUCCCGUGAACAUGAUGAACAAAAGUAUGGAGUUCAAUAGGAGUCCCAUUGAGGAUUUGACGAUGCCCACAACACCGCAAUAUAUGCCACGAACACCGGAUGUCAAAGGAAGCGGCGGAUGGAAGCCCGGCAAAGAGGAAAAGAAGAAAAAGGAAAAGCCCGAGAAGAAAAUUAAAAAGAUCAAAACACCUCCGUUGAUGCCGUUCUUCAAUCCGGGUCCCGAUAUGCCGCUGAAUCGAAUGCAAAUACCCGGAAUGCCUUUUCCACAGAUGCCCGGGUCUUCAAUGCAACAAACGCCGCAGCAACAACAACAACAACAACAAUCGCGUUUCCCAUUUUUCCCGAAUUUAAUUCCCAGUGGUCCGGGAUUGAUUCCGAACAACGCAUUUUUGCCGGGUUUUGGAAAUCCCGCGCAAUUUGGAGCGCCGCCCUUUAACAUCCCAAAUCUCUUUCCGAACGACAUUCUUCAGAGUUUCAACAAAAUUCGUACUCAGCUGGAUCAGCAUCAACAGCAUCAGCAACAGGCAUCGACUUCCGCUCCCAUGAAGGAUAAAUUCCAAGAGCAACUGAUGGAAAUGAAGCAAUCGCAAUGCAAUGUGCCGUCGUUGUUGCCGCCAACGGUACUCGAUGCACCGCUGAAAAUGCGUGCAGAUUCGCCGCCGUCCCUCAUGCGCUUGCCCAAAGAUACUGUCGCGAUCCCCAUCGAGCAACAGGACUUGGCAGGUCCCUCACGAAAGAUGACUGUGGAGAAAUUGGACGAAAUUAGUGUAAAAACGGAAUACAAACCGGCUCCAGUUGCUGUUGAAGCGCCCGUGAAUUUUGAUACCGUUGACCUGACGUCUCCAUCGGACUUGAACAAAGACGAAAAAGAGUCCAAAAAGGAUAAAAAGCUGAAAAAGGAAAAGAAAAAGAAAAAAGAUAAAAUUAAAGACAAAGAUGGAAGUAUCGUCAAGGACAAGAGCGAACGGAAAAAGGACAAAGAAGAACGAAAACGAGAGAAAAAAGAAAAACGUCGCGAAAAGGAACGUCUCGCAAUGGAACAAAAUAAAUUCUUGUCCAGCAACACAGAUAGCAUCGAUAAUUCCGAUAGCUCGUUAGCCUCCGUCCCGAAAUUGACACUAAAAUUAGGCGUUUCCGGUGACUCACGUCCCAAUACUCCGGAUAUCCCCAAAAAAAUGACCAUCAAAUCGACAUUCAAGAAAGAUCCAGAGGUAGGAAGUCCCUUGCAGAUGACGAUCAGCAGCAGUCAACGAGAAUCGUCACCAGAAUUGGCAAAGUUUAGUGCGCUAGUCACUCAUCCACCAAAGCAAAAGUCGAGUCAUAAACGAAAACAUGACGAUGAUGUGUUCUCAGGUGAUGAAAGUCGAAAACAUCUCAAGUCUCCAGGAGGAAGUGGAGGAGAAUCGAAGAAACAUAAGAAAACAACACCGACGCCAUCGACAAGUUUGGCUCCCAGUGAGGGAAUGAAAUUAGCUAAAGAGGAAGAUGGGCAACAAAUUUGGAUUUGUCCAGCAUGUGGGCAGGUAGAUAAUGGUACUCCAAUGAUUGGAUGUGAUGGUUGUGAUGCAUGGUAUCAUUGGGUUUGUGUUGGAAUCACUGUCCCGCCAGACGUCAACGAGGAUUGGUACUGUCGCGUCUGCAUCAGUCGAAAGCAAGACUCCCACGGCAGCGAAAAGAAAAAGAAACGCAAGAAAAACAAGGAAAAGGGCGAAAAAAUCUAAAAAAAAAUUGUCUAUUUUAAUGAAACAUUAUAAGUUAAGUUUAUAGCCGUUUAUUAAAAAAAAAUCCAAUUAAAAACAGGAAAAUUUGACCUAAAUUAUUUGUUUUAUAAAAAAAAGGAAAAAUUCAAACAAUAAAUAAUAUCUUGAAAUCGACAAAAAAUCCA